AAUCUUUUUUUUAUUUUUGUUCGAUAAACUUUUCGUGAGUUGACAUUUUCUACCAAUAGAUGGCACCAAUGGUAUUCUACAAGAGAAAAGUUCUAAUCUCGAUUCGAGGAGAAAGUUUUUUGAUGAGAAUGAUGAUGAAACAAAAAGUUCUUGUUCUAAUGAGAUGUACCUCAAAUAAGGUUGAACAGUUUGAACAUAUUGAUCAAUCAAUUGGUUUCCAAUGAAUUUGUUAUCGCUUAUCAAUCGGAAUUAAAGUAAAUCAUUAAUCUAAAUUAACAAUCAGUUUUUAGAAUUGAAAACAAUUAUGAACGAAACAAUUGUCCAAAUUGUAAGUGAAGUUGUACCUUCAUCAAGUUACUAUUCGAUUAAUUUUUUCGAAUUAAAUUCAAACUCAUCUUCUAAUCAAGGUUAUCCUUCAUUACAAUUUAAUUUCGACUCCUUAUCAACAAUAUCAUCAUCAUCAUCAUCAUCUUCACCAUCAUCCAUAUCAUUGAACAACGAGAAUUCAACCAUUUUAACUGAUACAAUAAACUUAAAAUUCAACGGAACUCUAUCCGACAACGAUACUUAUGUACCAUAUGAAUAUCGACCUGAAACAUAUAUCGUACCAAUCGUGUUUGGAAUAUUGUUCAUAAUCGGCUUGAUAGGAAAUGGUACAAUUAUAUUUGUCUUUUUACGUAAUAAAUCAAUGAGAACAAUUCCCAACACUUACAUCAUAAGCCUUUCCAUUGGUGAUCUACUUAUUAUUACCGGUGCCUUACCCUUUGUUUCAACCAUUUACUCCUUCGAUUCUUGGCCUUACGGUCAAUUUCUUUGUAAAUUAUCGGAAUUUGUUCGUGAUGUGUCCAUAGGUGUAACCGUUUUCUCUUUAACCGUACUUUCUGCUGACCGUUACAUGGCAAUUGUCCUUCCAUUAAAACGUUUCACCUCAACCAAACAUAAAGAGUUAACCUUGACCAUAACCGCGUCAAUUUGGACAAUCGCCUCUCUCCUUGCAUUCCCUGGAGCAUAUAAUUCAUUUGUCAUGCAAAUUCCAAUAACUCCUGAGAAAACAAUCUCAAUAUGUUAUCCAUUUCCAGCCUCCUUAGGAACCAAUUACGCCAAAUUCAUUGUGCUGACCAAGUUUAUCAUUCUCUAUGCUCUUCCCCUUUUCAUCAUCAGUGUCUUUUACCUGGCGAUGGCUCGUCAUCUACUUGCCAAUACACAGCGUUCACUUUCAGCAACCUCAUCAAACGGAAUCAACCAAACACACCUUAGAUUAACCAAGGCUCGAACCAAAGUGGCCAAAACUGUCCUAUCCUUUAUAAUACUGUUCGCAAUCUGCUUUUUCCCUAAUCAUGUAUUCAUGAUAUGGUUUUACUUUUAUCCAAUUUCCUUUUUAGCUUCAACCCCCUUCUGGCAUUAUGUUAGAAUUGUUGGUUUUAUCCUUGCCUUUGGUAACUCUUGUCUUAAUCCGGUUGCCCUUUACAUCGUUUCCGGUUCCUUUAGAACUCACUUUGAUAAAUAUCUUUUCCGUUGUCUUAAGAAAACACCAAAUUAUCCCUCAUUCACAAGAGAUGCUAUCGGUUCAUCAAUUCAUUCAUCUUCUCAUCGACCCAUCAACUCAAUUAGCUCACGAUCUUUCAAAGAAUCAACAUCAACCUCUCUACCGAUAACCACCAAAGGUCAACAUUAGACCAAAAAUUAUCACAUAGACACAAAAUCAGCGUCACACAUUUAUAUAUACUUGUUACUGAAAUGCUGAAUAUUUACCAUGUAAAAGAAAAGUUUAAUUUCCAAAUCUAAUGAGAAGUAACUUAUUAAAAUUCAAGUAAAUUAACAUGAAACCCCCUGAAAAUAAAAACAUGAAUAAUGUAAAUUAAUAUUAUAGCCAAUAACUUUUCCCAUUGACCAUUCAUUCAUUUCAUGAAUCAAUAAAAUGUUUUACCUGUAAAAAUAUUCCAGAGUCAAAUUGAUGGAGAAAAAAAAUUCAGAGAAAUAAAAAGUUCCAAAAACAAAUGGAAAACUUUUCUAUCACUUGAAAGAAAAUAAUUUUCAUAGAAAUGAAUGAAAUUUAAACUCUAACUGAAUUGGAAUACAAUGAAACAAAUAUUAUGAUUACCAUGAGUUCACCAUGAAACUUGACUGAAUUAAAUAAACAUUUCCUCAUGACUUCUGAACAGUCAAAGGGAACUUAAUUUAUUCUGUUAUCGUAUUUCCAAUGACUUACUUACCACCAUCACCAGAAUUAUCAUUUUCCAAGUAACAAUCAACUGAUUAUCAUUUAGAAGUUGAGUUUAUUAUCAUCAGGUAAAUUGCUCAGGUAAGAAUUGAUAAAUAAUUGAAUUAGAUGAAUAACAAUUUCAACAUAAUACAAAAAAAAGUAAAAUCUAUCUACCAAAUUGAUGAUGAUUAUUAAUCAGGAUAAAUGAUAAUUUACCUUUGCCAUGUUUACUUUUCUCAUAUUAUCUUAAUCAUCAUCACCAUCAUGUU